AAGCACUUUACAACGUGUGGCACGACUCUUGGAAAAGUCAUUUCAGGCAUCCUGCGUUAAUUUGAAGAUAUAUACUGUAUAUUUUUUUCUUUCCAAAACCCUAACACCAAAAACAAGGGGGUCUCCAUCCCUCUCUCUUCUCCACAUGGCAUCUUUAGCUCUACCUGGAAGCUUUUUAGCUACCAGCAAACCUAGUCCUUGUAGAUAUGCUGCCGGAGACUCAAUUGUAAGAUGUAAUGUGGCAGAACCAUUAAGUUUUAACAAGGAGAAUGGGAGAUCAAACAUGCCUCUUCAGAUUAAUGGCGACACUUCAUUUAACAAUCUUUGGAACGCUAAUCAAGUAAGAAGAUUUCCAGUUCCACAUGCUCAGAUUGAUACUAGACUCCGCAUUUUCUCCGGCACUGCCAAUCCUGCACUUUCUCAGGAAAUUGCUUGCUACAUGGGUUUGGAACUUGGAAAGAUAAUGAUAAAACGUUUUGCUGAUGGCGAAAUCUAUGUCCAGUUACAAGAGAGUGUUAGGGGUUGUGAUGUAUAUCUUGUCCAACCUACGUGUCCUCCUGCUAAUGAAAAUCUGAUGGAACUCUUGAUAAUGAUUGAUGCUUGCCGUAGAGCCUCAGCCAAAAAUAUUACUGCAGUGAUUCCGUACUUUGGGUAUGCCCGUGCUGAUCGUAAGACUCAAGGUCGUGAAUCGAUUGCUGCCAAACUUGUAGCAAACCUGAUUACAGAAGCUGGUGCAGAUCGAGUUCUUGCUUGUGAUCUUCAUUCUGGCCAGUCAAUGGGUUACUUUGAUAUUCCAGUGGAUCAUGUACAUGGCCAGCCUGUCAUACUUGAUUACCUUGCCAGCAAGACUAUCUGCUCUGAUGAUCUAGUUGUGGUAUCUCCGGAUGUUGGUGGGGUUGCAAGGGCAAGAGCUUUUGCCAAAAAGUUAUCUGAUGCACCUCUAGCUAUUGUGGAUAAAAGGCGUCAUGGGCACAAUGUUGCUGAGGUAAUGAAUUUGAUUGGCGAUGUUAGGGGAAAAGUGGCAGUUAUGGUUGAUGACAUGAUUGAUACGGCUG